UGUGAUAUUGAAUUAUAUUUUGCACAUAUAUUUUUAUACAAUGUAUAAAAAGAAUUACUAUACUCACUCGAAUUUCAUUUCCGACCGCAAAAAAAUUUUGGUUUUGCGUCAUACAUAACAUUUGUAGAACACCUUGUGUAUGUAGAACAAAUUUUCUUUUAUAUAUAUUUAAGAACUAAAAUAUAUUACAAAGCCAAUGGACAGUUUGUAAUUGUAAGAUGAAAAGAAAUAUACGCGAUAUAAUUUUGCCAUCUCUUUGUUCUAAGUUUUUUUUCUCUACUAUUCAAUUUUUUCGAAACUGUUAUAAAUAAUUAUGUUGUAAUUAGUGGGAGUAAUUUUAUAGAUGAAUAAUUUGUUUACCUGCAAAUGUAUAAUAGUAGAGAUAAUUAUUAUACAUUAUACAAGAUAUUGUAAUGUUUGCGCGUACGGGAUAAUAAUAUAUCAUUAAUAGUACCUAUGUCUCGCUGUGUCAUUAUAGAAAUUCUUACUGCGAGAGACGAUGAACAGUAAAUAUACACGAGGGUAGAAAGUUUGUUAUAUUAGAAAAUUAUCGUCAGUAAUACAAAUCGUCUCUUAUCGAUCGCUUCUUUACUGCGAGAAACUACAAUACUUCUGACUUUUAAUAUUCUGAAAACUUUUCUAUUUCGAAACAAAAGAAUUAAUCUACGAUAACAAUAACGACCAUAUACAAUUUCUUUUGAUAAAGAAGUUAUUAUUAAGAAACACACUCGCGAUACAUGCAACGAUAAUCGAGGUAUAGGGAACUGUCGCAGACUAAAAUAAUGCAUAUACUUCCGGUGUCAUUUGCUCUAUUCACUUACACCGGUUACUGGCGACCGGUGAAUUUUCCUGUCAACUCGUUCAAAUAUUGGAUGUACAAUCUUUACUCUGUUUUUAUGUUUGUUUUACUGCAAUUGUUCGUGUUCUACGGUAUAGUUGACACUUUUUUCUUAUCGGCGAGCCUAGAGGAAUUCGUAGACAAAUGCUACCUGUUCCUUUCGAUCUUUGGCGUUUCCUGCAAAAUCGUGCAUCUCUUUAUACGUCGCGGAAAGAUCAUCGAUUUGGACAAGAUGCUGUUGAAGGACAAUUGUAUUUCCAGAGAUGUAGAAGAAAUAUUGAUACGAAAAAAAUUUGAUCGACACGUGAAACGGCUUACAAUCGCUUGCGAGAUUCUCAAUGUGUCCUGUGCAAUAUUCGCGACUUUCGCGCAAUUUUACAUACUUUUGAAGACGCGUAGCUUGCCUGUGUACAAUUGGGCGCCCUUCGAUCUAUCAUCAAUAUAUGUCUUCUUGCCUAUAUUGAUAUUCCAAUGUGUGGCUUUGGUGUUAUGUGCAAGUUCCAGUGUUGCACAUGAGACGCUAAUUUCCGGUAUGAUGAUUCAGACCUGCGCUCAAUUCGAAAUUCUGUGCCAUCGCGCUCAUAUAUUGCCGGCAUUGCUGACCGAAGCCGAAAAAAAUAGUGAAUCAGACGAGGAUCUGAUAGCACGCGAGAAGGCAAUCAUUCGGGACCUGAUAUAUCAUCAUCUUUAUAUUUAUAAAUUUGCAUACAUGGUCAAUGCAGCCUUUACAGUGAUGAUGUUCAUCCAAUUUUCCCUCAUCUCUCUAGUCCUCUGCAUGAGUGUCUACAGACUAUCUACAAUGACAUCAUUAUUUACCCUCGACUUUGCAUACAUGUUUUCUUAUCUGUGCUCCAUGCUCAUGCAAAUAUUUCUUUAUUGCUGGUAUGGCAACGAGGUGACAUUAAAGAGUAUCGACGUCGGCACUGCUAUUUAUGAGAUGGAUUGGACGAGAUUAAGAAUCCGAGUAAUGAAAGAUCUUAUGAUAAUAAUAAUACGUGCCGGCAAUCCUGUUAAAAUGUCGAGUGGCUAUGUAGUCACUUUAAACAUUGAAUCUUUUAUGAAUAUUCUCAAAAUAUCCUACUCGUCAUAUAAUUUCUUAAAAGACUCUUAG